UUUAUUUAAGACCAAAAUGUACGAUAAAAGUACACGAUUUUUUGAUGAAGUUAAAUAUCUUGGGGAAGAAUAUGCUGCCUUGCCUGAAAUUGAAACGAUCAAGAUCAACCAAAAGAGAACAUCAGCUGCAGCUAUCAAACCGACAAUGGCGAUCGCUCUCUGCUUCACCCCAUUAUUCUGCCACCAGAAGCAGUCCAUCCCCCCAAAACCCCCACUUCAUAAACCCUUCAAUAACCCCAUCACUAUUUGCUCCAGACGCUCCAGACACUCCACUAACCUUUCUACUAGAUGUAGCGUCAAUUCAAAUCCUGAAAGUUUAGCAGCAGUGGAUAAGCCCAGAUUGGAGGAGUGGCUGUCCGCUGCUGCCAGCUUGUACCCUGUUUACGUCACAGUUGGCGGAGUGCUUGCUUUCAUCAGACCCUCCACAUUCUCAUUUUUCGUCAAUAUGGCCCCCAAUUCCUAUAGCUUCACUCUGGGGUUGAUUAUGCUGUCUAUGGGGAUUACUUUGGAGUUCAAAGAGUUGAUCGAUCUCUUCAGGCAAAGGCCACUUUCUAUUCUUUAUGGAUGUGCUGCUCAAUACACUAUUAUGCCUUCGUUUGGAUGGAUAGUUAGCAAGCUGUUGGGCCUCUCACCAUCUCUUACAGUAGGCUUGAUACUGCUCUCUUGCUGUCCAGGAGGAACAGCAUCCAAUGUGGUCACCUUAAUUGCUCGAGGAGAUGUUCCAUUGUCAAUUGUAAUGACAGUAUGUACAACCCUUGGAGCAGUGAUUCUUACUCCUCUCUUGACUAAAAUUCUCGCUGGAACUUUUGUCCCUGUUAAUGCUGCUAGCCUGUCCAUGAGCACCUUGCAGGUGGUAGUUGCUCCAAUUUUGCUUGGUUCGUAUCUACAGAGCAAAUUUCCUGAAUUUGUGAAACUACUGAUUCCUUUUUCCCCACUAGUAGCUGUUAUUGCUUCCUCAUUGCUUGCUUCCAGUGUAUUCUCAGAAAAUGUCAUCCGCCUGAAGUCUUCUUUUGCCGCAUCAUCAUCAUCUGCUUCUUCUCUGGUUGAUAGUGCUAAAUCCAUGCUCUCCAGUGAGUUGGGUGCUGUUGUACUUUCAGUAAUAUUGCUCCAUUUAGCAGGUUUCUUCGUUGGGUAUCUAUCUGCAGCUUUAGGUGGAUUUAAGGAGCCACAAAGGCGCGCAAUAUCAAUUGAAGUUGGCAUGCAGAAUUCCUCUCUAGGAGUGGUUUUAGCUACGUCCCAUUUCGCCUCGCCAUUGGUUGCAUUACCUUCGGCUAUGUCUGCAGUGCUCAUGAAUAUCAUGGGCAGCAGUCUAGGCUUCUUCUGGAGAUACAUUGAUCCGUCCAAUCAAAAGGAUGGUCUUGAAGUUGCUGAAGAGUGAUGACAGACAGACUCACUUCUGCUUUUGGUUAAUAUAUGAUAAUUAGUUAGAAAAAUGAGCUGGCUUGUAAAUUGGAUGAUGAUACGCUUUCAGAGAUUGAAUGAUUGGGUUGAACUUUGAAUCCUAACACCAUCUUAUAAUUUAAAUUGAGAAGUG